AUGGGCUCAUAACACAAAGCCGGAAAUUUCAAGCAAAAGAAUAAGAAAUUCAAGGGAGCAAAAACAGCUACUAAAACUCAUAAAAUAGAGACUAAGACCAAAAAAAUUACAAAGAAGAAUACUUCAUUGAAUAAAUCAGCUCGUAAACUCUAUUUGGAAUAGUAGAAAUUCAAUAAAUCAGUCAAAAGAGAGGAUUAAAUUGAAAAGUUGAUUAACUAAAAUAGCGUUUUGGAUAGUGCUACUAAGUCCGCUUUUAUCGAAAUGGCUAAGUAAUCCAAGGCUCCUAGAAUAGUUUAUCUCUUACCUCUCAAUAAUGCUGCUAACACUAAAUAGCUCAGAUAAGAAAUAGAAUAAUAUAUCAGCAGUCAAAUGUCUAAGCAUGAAGACAUUGAAAUGAUGGAUAAAACAACUGCUUCCAAUCAAGAUGAUGGAAAAAUGAGAUUCAAAUUCCCUUACUACUAGUUCUUCGCUCACCCUACUUACUUCCCUGGUUUGAUCAAAGAAAAUUUCAUUAUCAUUGAAGGAGAUAGAGUUUUCGAAAAUAUUAUGGACUUCUGCAAAAUCGCUGAUAUUGUAUGUCCUGUUCUUUCUUGCAAAGAUGCCAAUUUAGAAAAGCUCAACUUAGAUCCUUACAAUAACGCAAAUGCUUUCGAUGAAUGGGGUUAUAAAAUUCUUUCUGCUCUCAGACUCUAAGGUCUUCCUUCCACUAUUUCAGUCCUUUAAGACGUUAAUACUAUUCCCCAAGGCAAGCAAAAAGAUGUUAAGAAAUUAUUUUAAAGAUAUUUUGCUUCUGAAUUUGAAGAUCACUUCGUUUCAAUAGAAAAUGAACAAUCAAUCUUUACUUUAUUGAGAUAAUUAUAAGCUAGAACUUUGUUACCCUAUGACUGGAAAGAACAAAGAGGCUACAUGCUUGCUGAUGAAGUAACUGUUAAUCCUACUAAUGGAGUUGUCGAAAUUACAGGAUUUUUAAGAGGCCACUGUAUAAAUGCUAAUUAGUUAAUACACAUUACUGGUUAUGACGAUUACGAAAUAUAAAAGAUAGAAAUUUUAAAGAAUCCCAUUAAAAUUAAAUAAAAAAUAAAAAAGAAAGGUAAUGGCAUGAAUGAAACCAACAUGUCUAUGAUUAAUUUCAAUAGCGAUAUACUUUUAACUCAAGAAGCAACUGAUCCUGAUUAAAUCAAUCCUUUUGCAAAGGAUAGUGGAUUAACCAAAAAGAAAUCAAAGAAGCAUUCUUCAACUGCUAAUAUUUUAAAAGGAAUAGAUGAGAAUGAAGAAAUAGAUAACGAAAAUUCAGAUAUCGAGGAAGAAGGAGAUGAAGAAGAGGAAGAAGAAGAAGUAGAAGAAUAGGAAGAAGAAGAAAAAAAUAAAGGUAACAUUGAAGAAGAAGGUGAUAUUGAAAUUGAAGGAGAAGAUGAAGAAGACAACAUCACUAUCAAUUCUGAUGAUGAAAAUCAAUAAAAAUGCGAAGGAGACAAAAAGCAAAAGAUUUUAGAAUUGUAAGAAAGAGGAGAAGAUGAAUUAGAAUUAGAAGAUGAAGUAGAAUAUGCAACUACUAUUAAUUUGAGAGAAAGAUAUGAAAAUUAUCAAGGUAUGAAGAGUUUCAAGACCUCAGAAUGGGAUAAAUAUGAAAAUCUCCCCGAUCCUUAUGAAAAGGUUUAUGUUUUUAAAAAUUACAUUAGAACAAAAAAUACUGCUUUCCUUCAUGCAGAAGAAUAAGCAUUCGCCUAUGCAGGUUUUUAUAUUAAAAUUUAUGUUAAGGGCUUCCCUCUUGAUAAACUCUCUGCUCAUCCUAAAGAAAAGGCUUUGAUUUUGUCUACCCUUUUAAAGCAUGAAAGAAAAAUGACUGUUCUCCAUGCAAGAGUCAAAAGAAAUAUAGAAUAUGAAGACAAAGCUGUCGAAUCCAAGUAAAACUAUGUUAUUCAUAUGGGUUUCAGAAGAGCUGUUGUCAACUCAAUAUUCUCUAAAAUUUACAAUAAUAAUGAUAAGACUAAGUAUGUUAAAAAGGUCAAAGAAUUAAACUAAUUCUAUAUGGCUUCCUUCUAUUACUAUAAUAUAUAUCCUCCUGCUAAUAUAAUUAUGUUUAACGAAGGUGGAGAUAUCUUAAAUGCUGAUUUCUGUCUCUCUGGUUAAGUCAUGAAGAGUGAUCCCUUAUAAGUUGUGCUUAAACGUAUCAUCUUAACUGGUUAUCCUUUCAAGAUUCAUAAGAGAAAGGCUGUUUGCAGACUUAUGUUCUUUAAUCCUUUAGAUAUUAAGUAUUUCUAACCUGUAGAACUUAAAACAAAGUUGGGUUUAAGAGGUAAGAUUCUCGAAUCUCUUGGUACUCACGGUUUAAUGAAAUGUUUAUUCAGUGGUUUUGUUAAGCCUCACGAUACUAUUUGCAUGCAUUUAUAUAAAAGAGUUUUCCCUAAGGCUCCUUUCUGA